AUGACAGAAGAAAAGAGACAAGAAACAAUUGCACUUAUUGGAUUGGGCACAAUAGGCAUUUCCUUUGCUGCUCUCCAUCUCCGCUAUUCAAAUGCCAAUGUCAGACUCUUCGACGUUCGGAGUGAUCUGAAAGAACAUAUUGAAAGCAUCCUCCCAGUCUAUCUUGACUCUACCAAGAAGGAGAACAAUGACAAAGAUCUCUCUGUUCAACAACUACUUUCCGUUGGACGAAUUGUGCCGUGCUCUUCCAUUGAAGAAGCUGUCUCGAAUGCAACUAUAGUUCAAGAACAAGGACCCGAUAGUAUCGAUUUCAAAAAGUCAACUUGGGUUGAAGUCAUCAAAUAUGCACCUUCUGAUGCUCAUCUAUGGAGUUCGACAUCUGGAAUCCAGGCUUCGAAACAGGUGGAGGAUCUGGAGAACAAGAGUAGGGUUCUCGUGGUCCAUCCAUUCAACCCACCCCAUAUAAUGCCGCUAAUCGAAGUUGUUCCUUCUCCUCAUACAGCACCCGAGAGAACAGACUUCGCAAUUCACUAUUUCAAAACCCUCAAUUCCGGCCAUCGCCCGGUGAAAAUCAACAAAGAAACUCAAGGCUUCGUCGGUAAUCGCCUAGCAUUCGCCUUAUUCCGCGAAGCAUGCCACCUGGUCUCAGAAGACGUCGUCUCAGUGCAAGACUUAGACACCAUCGUCGAAGCAAGCAUAGCACCGAGAUGGGCUGUAGCAGGUCCAUUCAAGACGUAUAACAGCGCUGGCGGGACAGGUGGUAUCUCGGCCUUCUUGAGAAAUCUGGCUGAUACCAUGGAGGCGUGCUGGGAUGAUGGAGGGAAAGUUAGCUUCAAGGGGAUACGUGAGAAUGAGGAAGGGGAGAACUGGACGGAUAAGAUUUGCGAGGAGACGGACCAGAUCUAUGGAAAACCGACUGCCAAGUCCUUGGCUGAGCGUGAUCGGAACUUACAGAAGGUUAUAGCCGCUCAGCCUGACGAGGCUUAG